AUGAUUUGAUUAGACGUACCAACACCUUGAGCAAUUAGAUUUCAAGAUUCUGCUACACCAAAUAGUGAAGGUAUACAUGAAUUGUAUGACCAUAUAAUGUAUUAUUUAACAUUAAUAUUAGGUUUAGUUUCUUAUUUAUUAUUUGUAAUAAUUAAAGAUUAUAAAAAGAAUCGUUUUGCUUAUAAAUAUAUAAGACAUGGUCAAACUAUAGAAAUAGUAUGAACUAUAUUCCCUGCUAUAAUAUUAUUAUUAAUUGCAUUCCCUAGUUUUAUUUUAUUAUAUUUAUGUGAUGAAGUAUUAACUCCUGCUAUGACUAUUAAAGUAAUAGGUUUACAAUGAUACUGAAAAUAUGAAUAUUCAGAUUUUGUAAGUGAUACAGGUGAAUCUAUAGAAUUUGAAUCUUAUGUAAUACCUGAUGAUUUAUUAGAAGAAGGUCAAUUAAGAUUAUUAGAUACUGAUACUUCAAUAGUUGUACCUGUUGAUACACAUAUUAGAUUUGUAGUUACAGCUAAUGAUGUAAUUCAUUGUUUCACUAUACCUUCUUUAGGUAUUAAAGUAGAUGCUACUCCUGGUAGAUUAAACCAAGUUAGUGCCUUAAUACAACGUACUGGAGUAUUCUAUGGUCAAUGUAGUGAAUUAUGUGGUGUUAAUCACGGUAUGAUGCCUAUUAAAUUAGAAUGUGUUUCUAUCUCUGAUUUUAUUGAAUGAUUAUCUGAAGCUUCUGAAUAA